ACCACUCUCGUCCAGUCCAGUCCAGUCCACCACACUAGCUAGGCGCACGCUCUGCCUUUGCGGAUAUCAUCAUAUCCAUCCUUUCCGCCGUAUAAAAAUCCCCUCCCGGCACCUCCGUCGCCGCCGCCACAUGGACUCGCCUCCUCUCCUGCCGUCCAAGGCCGACCUCUCGCUCACCCUGGCGCCGGCGGCGCCGUCCGUAGGCAUGGCUGGAGCGGGAGCGGGAGCAGGAGCGGGAGAUGGCGGCGGAGCCGGCUCCUCGUCCGAGUGCGUCGACGGCAAGGACGUGCGCCUCUUCCCCUGCCUCUUCUGCAACAAGAAGUUCCUCAAGUCGCAGGCGCUGGGCGGCCACCAGAACGCCCACAAGAAGGAGCGCAGCAUCGGCUGGAACCCCUACUUCUACAUGCCCUCCACGUCGCAUCACGCCCACGGCAAUGCCACGGCGCCGGCAGCAGGCGCCAACUCGUCGUCCGGGCCCUACGGCGGCGCCGGCGCGCCCAACUCGCCCGGGGCGUACAGCAGCGCUGGCGCCGCCGUGGGCUCUACCGCGUCCGGCGUGGCAGGUGGCGGCCUCCCGGCGCACGCGUACACGAUGAGCAGCCGCGCCUACGCGGCCCUGCCGACGACGUUCCCCAUCGCCUCCCACAGCUCCUACAUGGUCGGCUCGGACCGGCCCCCGCAGCAGCAGCAGCAGCACUACGCGCCGCCGGAGGGCGCAGCCGCGGCCGGCGAGCUGUACAGCGGCCUGCAGGCGUCCCGCUUCGCGGCGCACAACCCGCAGCUGUACACGAGCGCCACGGCCAGCAGCGGGCGCGCGCUGAUGAGCGCGGCGGACCAGCCGGGCGCGGGGCGGGACGAGCUGAUCGACAUGCUCAACUGGAGGCGGGGCUGCCACGGCCCCACGGCCUCCGCGGCCGCCACCACGCCGUCCCCCGCCAGCACCACCACCACCCUCACGACCUCCGGCGGCAACAACGGCGACGCCGAGGAGGAGCUCGACCUCAACCUGAGCCUAUGAUAACUAGCUCCAUGACAAGGUGAAGCCGUCGCCACGUACCUCCAGUCCCUGCUCCUCUACCCAGCUGCCUGCCUGUGUGCUACUGCUACCACUCAUCACGACGUACGUACGCCAACACCAACACCAACGCCUCGAUUAGCGCUUCAAUUAGGGAUGUCAAUUAAUUAAUUCCUCGAACGAUUCCCAGUCUCAUGUAUGUUAAUGCUAGUGAGUCCAGUCGUACCCCCUGUAAUCCAUCCUCUCCUCUGAAUUUUCUUCUUUCUUCUUCUUCUUUUGUUCAUUUCUCGAUGCGACCUCCGGUUCUUGGCUGCGUCGAGUUUAUCUUUACUGUAGCUUUGCUUGGUACUAGUGGCAACCGGAUCGAAUGAAGGAUGUUGGGACCGGUUGCCGGCCACCAGAGCACGUGAUGAGGUCGAGUGCCUGGAUUCGUCAGUUGUGUGGGCGACGGACAUGGAUGGCCGUGUUAAUGAAUGUUUCGCAUCAGUGGCGCAGUCGCAUCUGCCUAUCAA